CGCUGGUGGGAGGCUCGGGCGGGCGCCAGUGCCCGCGUAGGUCCUGCUCACCCCGCAGCCACCACCCGCCCGGUGACCAUGAUAGUGUUUGUCAGGUUCAACUCCAGCUAUGGCUUCCCAGUGGAGGUCGAUUCUGACACCAGCAUCUUCCAGCUCAAGGAAGUUGUUGCUAAGCGACAGGGGGUUCCAGCUGACCAGCUGCGUGUGAUUUUUGCUGGGAAGGAGCUUCUGAAUCACCUGACGGUGCAGAGCUGUGACCUGGAACAACAGAGUAUCGUUCACAUAGUACAGAGACCACAGAGGAAGAGUCAUGAAACAAAUGCAUCUGGAGGGGAUAAACCCCCGAGCACCUUAGAGGGCUUCGUAUGGGGGCCCAGGAGCUUGACGCGAGUGGACCUCAGCAGCCAUGUCCUGCCAGCAGACUCUGUGGGGCUGGCGGUCAUUCUGGACACAGACAGCAAGAGUGAUUCAGAAGCAGCCAGAGGUCUGGCAGUUAAACCCACCUACAACAGCUUUUUUGUCUACUGCAAAGGUCCCUGCCACAAGGUCCAGCCUGGAAAGCUCCGAGUUCAGUGCGGCACCUGCAGACAAGCAACCCUCACCUUGGCCCAGGGUCCAUCUUGCUGGGACGAUGUCUUAAUUCCAAACCGGAUGAGUGGUGAGUGCCAGUCUCCAGACUGCCGUGGAACCAGAGCUGAAUUUUUCUUUAAAUGUGGAGCACACCCAACCUCAGACAAGGACACAUCAGUCGCUUUGAACCUGAUCACCAGCAACAAGCGCAGCGUCCCCUGCAUAGCAUGCACAGAUGUCAGGAGCCCUGUCCUGGUCUUCCAGUGUAACCACCGUCAUGUGAUCUGUUUGGACUGCUUCCACUUAUACUGUGUCACAAGACUCAAUGAUCGGCAAUUUGUCCAUGAUGCUCAGCUUGGCUACUCCCUGCCGUGUGUGGCUGGCUGUCCCAACUCCCUGAUUAAAGAGCUCCAUCACUUCAGGAUCCUUGGAGAAGAGCAGUACAAUAGGUACCAGCAGUAUGGUGCCGAGGAAUGCGUGCUGCAGAUGGGGGGUGUGUUAUGCCCCCGACCUGGCUGCGGAGCUGGGCUACUGCCUGAACAGGGCCAGAGGAAAGUCUCCUGUGAAGGGGGCAACAGCCUGGGCUGCGGGCUUGUUUUCUGCCGGGACUGCAAGGAAGCAUACCAUGAAGGUGAAUGUGACUCACUGUUCGAAGCCUCAGGGGCGACUUCUCAGGCCUACCGGGUGGAUGAAAGAGCCGCCGAGCAAGCUCGUUGGGAGGAAGCAUCCAAGGAAACCAUCAAGAAAACCACCAAGCCUUGUCCUCGCUGUAAUGUGCCAAUUGAAAAAAAUGGAGGAUGUAUGCACAUGAAGUGUCCGCAGCCCCAGUGCAAGCUGGAGUGGUGUUGGAACUGCGGCUGUGAGUGGAACCGAGCCUGCAUGGGUGAUCACUGGUUUGACGUGUAGAGAGGGAUGUCACUUGGCCCCGGAUGCACGACCUCAUUCAUGGGAAACACCAAAGACUCCUGUCUUUAUUAGCCAUUUCUUCUUCUCGAUGCAUAUAAGCACAUACACACACACGCACAAACACGGGCUGCAGAUCACAGAAGCAGCCCCUAGGUCCUUUCCAGGGCACCCACAGAAAACCACAGCACCAGCUGCCGCCAGCAGGAGGCGCUCUCAACCUCUGGCUCAUGCAACUAUCGGAGCGGAGAUGAGAGUGAGUGCACCCUUGUUUUGGAUUCUCAUCCCAGCGAGAAUUUGAGUCACGUGGUCAUGAGUUUUCCGGGCUUCCUUUUGCCUUCCGCUUCACUAAAUCCAUGUAGAAACCAUGGGUGAAGUGGGAAGUAUUUUUUAGGGCUGUUGCCACGCCCUGGGUAAGUUACAUUUCUGUGUAUUCUCAGAAGCACACUUGAGAUCUGAAGGACGCUGUCCUUACGUAGCAAUCAUCUAUUCCCAGAGGGCCCUCGGCAACAGCCAAAAAUAUUUGUUUAUCCCCCAAAUCCUAUCCUUAUAAAUGGUGCUGAUGAGAUUACAGCCUCACUGUAUACUAAUCAGCUUAUCAACCAAGUGGGAGCCUUGGAAAGCUAAUUGGAACACAGACUUUAAAUUACAGAGAGGACACGGAAGCCAAACCUACUUCCGUUCAUUUAAUUGUCUGCGAUUUUAGAAAGAAACGUUUUUUCCCUGAAAAUAUUACAAAGACUGUAAUUUUGUUUGGAGUAUUCCUAUUGCAGACUGGAAGUUUAACUUGUGCAUUAAGCUUCACUGUGAAUCUAACAGAGAAAGUGCCUAUAAAGGGGACAUUUUUAGAGACAAUCCCAUGAUGCUGUUCCAAAGCUAACAACAGGGUCAAGAAACAGAAUGUUUAUAGAAGGAGCAUCUCUCGAACAUCUAAAUGAGAGCAUGCCUGACCCCUCCACCAGAAGUGGGGACACCCCUGCAUAUCUGCUCCCUCCCCAACUGUUAAGCCCCAGGGAGCCCCAGGCACCCAGUGGUCCUACAGACAGGGCCCCUGUGCACAGGACAAAACACACACACUGGGAUAGCCUUCAGAUCAAUCACACUCGAAUGUUAAUCUUUCAAGGUUUUCUUUUCUUUUUCCUGUUUUUUAAUUUGUUUUGCUUUUGCAUUUUGGGGGUGGGGGAGGCACCAGACCUGAGUCCUAGAGCUAAAAAUCAUAUAGAAAUGAUACUAUUGGUAUCCUGUGGUAUGAGGAAACGCCAGCUGGCCUAAGUCCACACUUCCGGCCCAGUGGCCCAAGACUCCACCCAGCCAGGUCCUGAAUGAGUGUCAUACAUGGACCCAAAAUGAAAACAAAUGAAAACAACCACCUGCCAUGCAGCACUCGGGAAUCUGAUGUCACUCUUCGCUAUUCCUUUUGCACUGUUGCUCUUGCCUCUGCCUCCUUCCACGCCCAUGUGAUGCAUGUGAUACAAUGGCAUUGGGAAGCCAGCACAAUGUUCACUGUUCUGCUCUGGGUAAAGGGACUGCCUGAAGCUCUGUGGUUCUCCAGUAUGGUCCCUUCCCCUUUCUAGCGGUUGCCUAUGUUUUCUUCAGAAUACAAUAGUGAUUCUUAAAAUAACCCAAAGGGAAGGCAUUCACAGUGUGUGAGCGUGAAUCACAGCCUGCAUUGUGUGAGUCUGAAUAGUGGGGUAGAAAGUGGAUGUCGGAAGUCUGGAAAUCAAACUUCUGCAAAGCAAUCUUUCUCUUGCUGUGAAAUGUGUUAAGAAAUACCCGAAGUCUGUGUCUGUGAUGGUACCCAGACUGUCAAUCAGUAAAGACCCAGACUGUCAAUAAAAGACUCAAAGGAGUGUUUGAGCCUA